UAUUAGUUUGGGAGUCACACAUAGCCCAGGAAAAUAACUGCAUAAUAACUAAUAACACAUCCAUGUUUUUAUCUUACAGCUAAUAUAAAAACAAGAAGAUUUACUUUCAUGAACGAUCUGUUUAAAGAUCGGAUGAUAAACAGCUUUAGAUGUCUCAAGAAAAGAAAAAGGAUGUGUCUGUUUUUCACCCUCCACUCAUUGCUGUUAAGAACCUUGCCAGUGUUUCCUCAGUUUAACCAAUUUACUUGUGUUUGGGGUGAGAACCUGUGAGGGUUGAGUGUUACAAAAUACAGUCAUGAACCAGUUCAAAGGUCAGAUAAAACAGGGUGAAUGCCAACGGAGAUAACAGAGUUAACAGAACCAAAAUGUAUCUACGUUUUUAAGAAAAAGAAAGAAGAACAUCGUGUGGUGAGUUUGUGAAUGCUAGUUUGUAGUGACAGAUCCGUAAAAAAAGAAAAUCUAAACCAGAACAAACCCAUACACACCUGCCUGCUGGGAUCUUUUAACACAAAACCAGAAAGACAAAGAAGGUAAAGUAUGAUGAAUGUCCUCAGAAAGCCAAAAUGGGAGCACUUCUAACACUUCGGCAGCCCAGCAGAAGGUUUUUAUAAAAUUGUCUUGCUGAUCUUACACCUUUUUUGUAAGCCCUCCAGUCCUAGAAGGUAAUUUAAUGUCAGUCCGUCUUUUUGAGCACAGGAACCUUUUUUAAAGUCACAGAAACCAAACUGUGAACACCAACAGUGUCCAGUAAGUUUACUCCAGUGCUGUACCUUAACAGUGUUUAAAGGGGAUCCAUUAUGUUCUCAGUUAUUUGGUUUUGAGGCUCUAAUAAAGUGUCUUAGUAGUUCAACAUAAUCUUUAUUUAUCCCACACUGGGUGAUAAGUUGCUUCCUCUCAGAUCAUCCUCUGUGUGAAACAAGUUCCUCCCGCUUUCAUCCCAACUUUGUUCUGAUUGGCUGCCCGUUGACAAUGAACAUUUGAACUAACAUAUGUGGACCAUCCAAUGCCAGGCAGGCAUUGGAUGCCAUCCCCAGAGCAGCCUUCUCCCUCAGACGAGCUGAGACAUUUCACCCCUAAACAUUUUUAGGUGAUUCAAUCAACAGCCCAAACAUAAAAUUAUGGAGCGUUGGGAACCACUUACAUACAGUGCUUCCCUUUUUAUCCAAAACACACUGUGGAGUCUGUGUGCGUGUGUUCAGUGAGAGAGGAGAUAAAGUGCCUGUAAUGCGCCGAGUUGUGGAAACAACUUCUGUAAUCCUUCACCAUGUGACUCAUAGUAAUAAUCACUCCAUAAUGAAGAGAGCUGUGCAGCAGGUGAGACGCAAACAGAGAGACGCAGAGCUGCUUCAGCAGUCACUCCGCAAACUUAACGGACUUACACGUCAACACCUUCCGGGCCCGACAGAGGUGAUCCUGCGAAGCAGGGAGGAGAGCAGGAGAGCGCAGAAACACUUUUUUCCGGGAGGAGAGCGCAGUGUCGUAUAAUGUCAGUUGUGGGCGCGCAGCCUUUCAUCAAGCCAAUGCAGUCCCCACCUUCAGUUUCGCCCGGUAUCCAAAGGAGACACACGCUUCCCGCGAGUGAAGUCCGACCGCUCAACACGCAGGAUGCCAUAAGCGUCUUUGAAAUCGAGCGAGAGGCAUUUAUCUCAGUGUCAGGUGAGUGCCCCCUCCACCUGGAUGAAGUACGUCACUUCCUCACACUGUGUCCAGAGCUAUCCAUGGGCUGGUUUGAGGAGGGUCGGUUGGUGGCUUUUAUCAUCGGCUCUCUGUGGGACCAGGACAGGCUCGCCACAGAAGCGCUGACGCUCCACAAGCCCUGCGGCUCCACCGUGCACAUCCACGUCUUGGCUGUCCAUCGCACUUUCAGGCAGCAGGGCAAAGGUCCCAUCCUCAUGUGGCGCUACCUGCAGUAUCUCCGCUGCCUGCCCAACGUGCGCCGAGCGGUGCUGAUGUGCGAAGACUUCCUCAUCCCCUUCUACCGCAAGUCGGGCUUCAAGGUGCUGGGGCGAUGCGCCAUCACCGUGGCCAACCUGACCUUCACCGAGAUGUGGUACCCAAUCAGCGGCCACGCGUACAUGCGCCGCAACAGCGAAGCGAUCCGCUUCCCUCAGCACCCUCUGACUGUGCCCCUGACAAAGACUGACGAACGCGUUGAUGUAUGAAGUGCUUACUGAGGGCCGAGCAGGCUGUCUUUAAUCUAAGAGGAAGGAAUUCAGUGUUGUUCUCUGUAGCAUCUUUCAGGGUUUGUCUCAAGUUUCCAGCCGUUUCUCUGAUUUGUUGGACUUUUGAUCCCAUGUGAAAUGAUUUUAAUAUGUAUAAUAAAACAAAGGAUGUACUAUAUACUGUACUGUGACGUGUUAUAAAUAUGCGAGAAGAGUCAAGUAGUGAGUAACUGGAGUUAAAUGUCGCAUUUGUGGUAGACUUUGCGCUUGGGUGUAAAGCUGUCUUCUGCUAAGCACCUUCCUGGGCUUCCUACAACUGUGGUCUGACGUCAGUAAACCGGGCUUUAGCAGCUCAGUCACAGCUCCACCAUCCUCCAGCUCCUCCUCAGCUCCAUUAGGGGGCUUUAGCUAUUGUAACCACCGAGUGGGGAUUAGUUAACCUGUAGGACCAAUGACCUUUACCUAGAGAAGCACAAACAGAGCAGGUUGGCGUUAGUUGUGACGACAGUUUGACAAACCAUGUAAUUUUUUUUAAGUUCUUUUCUGUUACAGUGUUUCAAUAAAAUGUUUUAUAUUGU